AAAUGACACACAACUUUCUUUCUUAAUCAUCACCAAACCCUCCCUUUCUUUCUCUCUCUACAAAACCUUACUGUAACACGAAGAUCAAACAUUCUAGAGAGAGUAAAGUCAAGCACAAAUUCGUAUUUCUAUGGCGAUUCUGUAUGCGGUGGUGGCGAGAGGCACGACGGUGCUGUCGGAAUUCAGCGCCGUCAGCGGAAACACCGGCUCCGUGGCUCGUCGGAUUCUGGAGAAGUUACCGUCGGAGAGCGAGUCGCGGAUGUGUUUCUCGCAGGAUCGGUAUAUUUUUCAUAUUCUCCGAUCGGAUGGUCUCACUUUUCUCUGUAUGGCUAAUGACACUUUUGGAAGGAGGAUUCCUUUUUCGUACUUGGAAGAUGUUCAUAUGAGGUUUAUGAAGAACUACGGCAGAGUGGCAUUACAUGCACCUGCAUAUGCUAUGAAUGAUGAAUUUUCACGAGUCUUGCAUCAACAAAUGGAAUUUUUCUCCAGUAAUCCUAGUGCUGAUACCAUUAACCGUGUUAGAGGUGAAGUUGGCGAGAUACGCACAAUAAUGGUGGAUAACAUUGAAAAGAUACUUGAAAGAGGUGAUCGGAUAGAGCUUCUUGUCGACAAAACCGCUACCAUGCAAGACGGUGCAUUUCACUUCAAAAAACAAUCUAAACGCCUUCGAAGAGCUCUCUGGAUGAAAAAUGCGAAGCUGUUGGCCUUGAUGACAUGUUUGAUAGUUCUGUUGUUGUACAUAAUAAUUGCGGCCGCUUGUGGAGGCAUCACCCUUCCUUCUUGCAGAUCAUAAAAUUUCAUCCAGAAUAACGAGAUAGAUAUAAUUCCUCUCUUAUCCUCCUUGUGUGUGUUGGAAGAUGCUGAACUCCCAAACAGUUCAGAUAUCAGGAAAUAUAUUAAAUUUGGUUUAGCAGGUUCCAGAAGUAAACCAUUUUGUUAGUCUUGGUUCAGUAUUGUUGUGCGAUGAUUGGCUAUGCUAUUCCUUUUCUUCUCAUGUCCAUGUUCUGUAAAUGCUAGAAAUUCUUACACACCCCUGUAUAAAUAUAAUGCUUGUGAUAAAAUUUGUUGGUUUUUCUGA